AUGGGCUGGGGUGUGGUCGAGACUCCAGGUCAACCCUUUGCGCCAGGAACAGUGCUGCUCGAGGACAAGAAGAUACCCGACGAGAUCACAGUUGGCGAUGAUGGUCUCAAAAGGAAGCAGGGGGUCAUCCUGCAGCCGCAGCCCGGCGACGACCCCAACGAUCCUCUGAUGUGGUCUACGGCAUGGAAAUUCGCUCACCUUUUUGUCAUUGUUUUUGGGUCUAGUGCCGCCAACGCGAUCACCACAAUGGUCGUUCCCGGCAUUGCGCCGCUCGUCGACAAGUUCGGGGCGACCCAGGGCAGCAUAUCCAGCCUUAUUCUCAACGCGCCGACAUUCUUCACCAGCCUCGCGGCCUUCUUUGUCGUGUCAGGAGCUGAGAUCUUCGGCAGGAGGCCAUUUUACGUCAUCAGCACCGCCGUCAUGGCCGCCGCCAACCUUGGCAGUUUCCUGGCUACUACUUAUUCGGUUCUUGUCGUGUCUCGAGCCAUUGCCGGCAUUUUCUCCGCCGCCACGUUCACCCUCGUCACAGCAACCAUCGCCGAUAUCUUUUACGUACACCAGAGAGGCAGCGCCGUUGCUUCCUGGAACGUCGGGCUGACCGUGGGCGGGCAGCUUGGCCAGAUCAUCGGAGGAGUCGUCACCGACAAGCUUGGUAUCUCGGCCGUCUUCGGUCUCGCCGCUGUAGUCUUCGCCGCCCUGUUCUUCCCGACGUACUUUCUCGUCCUGGAGUCGGCCUACUUCAAGAGGGGCGACGACAUCGGCUCGCGACAGCAGGAGAAAAAGAGCAAGGAUUCCGUCGAGGUCGAGUACGCCAAGAACCUGCCGGCUCGCAAGGUGCCUUACCUGAAGCAGCUGGGACUAUUCCGCGGCAAGAUGACGGACAAGACGUUCUGGAUGGGGUCCCUGAAGCCGCUAUUCUUCCUCUCGUCGCCCAUCAUUCUCUACAGUGCCCUUCUCAACAGUUUGGUCCUGGUCCUCUCCGCUGGCGUCACGAACCUCAUAGUCAUCAUCCUCAGCGAUGCGCCGUACAACCUGCAGCCCACCGACAUCGGACUCACCGGCCUGCCCAUUCUCGUCGUCUCCCUCAUAGGCGGGCCCCUCAUCGGCUGGUUGUCCGACUGGAGCGUGCGCUUCAUGGCCCGGUCCAACGGCUCGAACCCGGGCGUCGCCGAGCCCGAGUUCCGCCUCGUCCUCCUGAUCAUCGCCCUUCCCAUGACCGCCGCCGGCCUCGUCGGCCUCGGGAUCGCCAUCCAGCAGGGCCAGCCGCUCCUCUGGUUGCUCACCUGGCUCUCCCUCAUCUCCUUCGGCUCCUGCAUCGGCGUACAGGUCUCCGUCGGCUACAUGAUUGACUAUCUCCCCUCCCACUCGGCCCAGGCCUUCACGAUCGUCAACAUGAUCGCAUCCCUUGUCGUCUUCGCCGGCACCACCCCGCUUAUCGACUGGCUCCAGGCUUCAGGCCCCGUCGUCGUCUUCUCAAGCCUUGCGGGGGUCACCAUGGCCAACCUUAUCUUUUCCUUCCCACUCUACGUCUAUGGUAAAAGAAUCAGGACUUGGUACGGGAGCACGCGGCUGUCGCGGUGGGUUCUCAACUAA